GUACCUAGUCGAAUUUGCUUCCCUUCUCUCUUUCUCCUGCGCCACCUCCUGUAUCUUCCAGUCAGAAUUACUCGUCACCUGCGCGUGUUCGGAGCUUAGUCUUCUCCGAUUCUCCCGCCCUGAUUCGCCGCUCCGCUCUCCCCCCUUCCGCCGCAAAGGGGGGAACUCAUGCCGAGGCUAGUGGCUCUGGCAUUGGCAUUGGCGGUGGCGGUGGCGGUCCUCGGCCUCGCCGGGGCGGAGGCGGAGCCACGGUGCGGGCGGCGCGCGCCGCCGCGGCCGCACAGCGUGACGAUCACCGAGUUCGGGGCCGUCGGCGACGGCGUCACCCUGAACACGGUGCCCUUCCAGAACGCCGUCUUCUACCUGCGGUCCUUCGCCGACAAGGGCGGCGCAGAGCUGUACGUGCCCAAGGGGCGGUGGCUCACCGGAAGCUUCAGCCUGACCAGCCAUCUCACCCUCUUCCUGGAGAGGGACGCUGUCAUCGUCGGCACCCAGGAGGUAUCACAAUGGCCAAUUGUGGAACCUUUGCCAUCGUAUGGCCGAGGAAUGGACCUUCCUGGUUCGAGGCAUCGCAGCUUAAUAAAUGGGCAGAAUCUAACUGAUGUUGUAAUUACUGGAAACAAUGGGAUCAUAGAUGGCCAGGGUUCGACAUGGUGGAACUGGUUUCGCUCAAAUAAGUUGAACUAUAGCCGCCCUCAUCUUAUUGAGUUUGUGGAUUCUGCAGAAAUUAUGAUUUCAAACUUGACAUUCUUAAAUUCCCCUGCAUGGAGUAUACAUCCGGUGUAUUGCAGCAAUGUAAUGGUCCAUAAUAUCACAAUACAGACUUCAUUGGAUGCUCCAUUGAAUCAUGGAAUUGUUCCAGAUUCAUGCUCAAAUGUGUGCAUUGAAGACAGCAGGAUUACUGUCAGCCAUGAUGCCAUCUCAUUGAAAAGUGGGUGGGACAACUAUGGCAUUACUUUUGGAAGGCCAACAUCCGACAUUCACAUUAGAAGAAUGGAUCUGCAAUCUUCAAUGGGAGCUGCUCUUGCAUUUGGGAGUGAGAUGUCUGGCGGGAUCUCGGAUGUGCAUGUCGAUCACCUCCGUAUCCAUGGUUCCUCCAAAGGCAUCUUCUUCAAGACCACACAAGGCCGCGGAGGUUAUAUAAGGGAUGCGGUAAUCUCAGAUGUCCAAAUGCAAGAUGUUAAUGUUGCCAUUGCGUUCACCGGUGAUUGGCCAAGCCACCCAGAUGGCCAUUUUGAUCCAACUGCACUCCCAGUGAUUAGUCGAAUCACCCUGAAGAACAUGGUUGGAACAAACAUCUUUGUCGCUGGUGUUUUGUCAGGAAUUACUGGCGAUCCAUUCACCAAUAUCUGCCUCUCCAAGAUCAAUUUCUCCUUACCUGAUUCGGCCAAUUCCACCUCUUGGUCUUGCUCCAACAUUUCUGGAUACUCCGAGUUGGUCUUUCCUGAGCCUUGUUUAGACCUCCAUAAUCCAUUCUCGAAUUCUUCCAUCUGCUUCUCCCUCCCUAGCUACCAUGCCCUUGCUGUAGCGUAAAUGCAGAGAGUACAGAGUGUUAAUCCUUUCCUUGUUUCACUCCUUGUACAAUUCAGAGAAUCUAGCUUUUUCCUCCCCAAAAUCUUUCAAGAUAGGCGCGAUGUCAAUAAAUCGUUCACUUUCCUACAGUCAGCUUUGAGGCUCAAGAUACAAUCUGCAUCGCGUUCUUGAUGAGCAAGCCUGAGGGGUUAUCGACAGCGAGUUGUUUGCUUCCUUGUACAGUUAAAAUUUCUUCAUUCAAUCUGUAAGAAAAAUUUUGUGGUAGGGGGUUGAGUCCAGAGAGUUGCUUCGUACAAUUGUCAAUUUGGUGAUAAAAUAAACACAUCAUGAUUAAGUCACCCUGCACAUCCA